AUGCCUGAUUUGUUUUCAGAUAUCUGUCAAUUAUGUCAUUCACCAGAAGGGUUUGGCCCCAUAUCCUACUAUGGUGACUUUACUCAAUGUUUUAUCGAUGGAGUCUUAUUAAAUUUAUCAUCUUUGUUUAUGAUUAUAUUUGGUAUUUCAGAGAUUAGUCGUUAUUUGAAGAAUGACCAUCCAGGUGUGAAAUACAGAAAUAAUUGGUUGAUUAUCUCCAGAUUAGGUUUAGUAUUGAUUAAUAUCGUUAUUGUCUCUUUAGCUUCAUUAAGCAUUCCACAUAACAAGACAAGAGAUAUUACGGUGAUCUCUCAAUAUACUUUAUCCCUACUCUCGCUAUUUGUAGCUCUAGGAUUACAUUGGGUUGAGUACCAUCGUUCUAAAGUUGCCAAUGGUGUAGUAUUGUUUUAUUGGCUAUUCGAGACGUUUGGAAACCUUGCUAAAACAGUCAAUUUCUUAAUCAGAUAUACCUAUGAAGAUAGUUUCUAUUUUGGACGCAAUGUUUUCAUUUUCACGAUAUUCCAAACAAUCAUCUCAUUAUCAUUGCUGCUUUUGGAGGCUAUUCCAAAGAAACCUUUGAUGCCUUAUCAAAUAAUUCAAGAUCAUUUGUCAAAGAGAAAGGAGAACCCAUAUGAUUCAGCAAAUAUUUUCUCUAGAAUUUCAUUUAGCUGGAUGACUGAAUUAAUGAGAACUGGUUACGAAAAAUAUCUGUCUGAAUCUGAUUUGUAUAAAUUACCAGAAUCUUUCAGCAGUGAUAGAUUAGCAAAAGCGUUUAAUGUACACUGGGAAAAUCAGGUAAAACACAAAUCUAAUCCUUCUUUAGCUUGGGCUAUGUGGUCUACAUUUAGUUCUAAACUAGUUCUGGCCGCAUUUCUAAAAGCAAUUCACGACGUUUUGGCCUUCACCCAACCUCAGUUACUAAGAAUCCUUAUCAAAUUUGUCAAUGAUUAUACAGAAUCUAGAGGCGGUGUUAAGUUACCAUUUUUAGGCUCUACAGGCGAAGGUGAUACUCCUCACGAAUUACCUAUUAUAAGAGGUUUCAUGAUUGCUGUUGCAAUGUUUUUAGUCAGUUUCAUUCAGACAUCCGUUUUACACCAAUAUUUCUUGAAUUCAUUCAACACUGGUAUGAAUAUCAGAAGUGCCAUGACCUCAGUUCUUUACCAAAAAGCAUUGGUGUUAUCGAACGAGGCUUCAGAUUUGUCAUCUACUGGUGAUGUUGUUAAUUUGAUGAGUGUUGAUGUUCAAAGAUUACAAGAUUUAACUCAAUGGUGUAAUAUUAUCUGGUCCGGUCCCUUCCAAAUUAUUUUGUGUCUAUUCUCUCUAUACAAAUUGUUAGGACAUUCAAUGUGGGUUGGUGUCAUCGUUUUAAUCGUGAUGAUUCCAUUAAACUCCUACUUGAUGCGUAUUCAAAAGCAAUUACAGAAAGUUCAAAUGAAAUAUAAGGAUGAAAGAACCAGAGUCAUCAAUGAAAUAUUAAACAACAUUAAAUCAUUGAAGUUGUAUGCUUGGGAGCAGCCUUAUAAAGAAAAAUUAGAACAUGUAAGAAACGAAAAGGAAUUGAAGAACUUAACAAGAAUUGGUGUUUUCAAUGCAAUGACCAACUUUCAAUUCAAUUUAGUCCCAUUUCUAGUCUCCUGUUCUACUUUUGCCGUGUUUGUGUACAUUGAAGAUAAACCACUUACAACUGAUUUAGUUUUCCCUGCCUUAACUUUGUUCAACUUGCUAACUUUCCCACUGGCUGCUCUACCAAUAGUUAUUACCGCAUUCAUUGAAGCCUCAGUCUCCAUGAGCAGAUUAUUCUCUUUCAUGACAAAUGAAGAAUUACAAACGGAUGCUAUUCAAAGAUUACCUCCAGUAAAGAAACAAGGCGAUAUUGCCGUUAACAUUGGUGACAAUGCCACCUUUUUAUGGAAAAGGAAACCUGAAUAUAAAGUGGCAUUGAAAAACAUUGAAUUCCAAGCCAAAAAGGGAGAAUUAGCUUGUAUUGUUGGUAAGGUCGGUAGUGGUAAGAGUGCAUUUAUACAAAGUAUUUUAGGUGAUCUAUUCAGGGUCAAAGGCUUUGCCACUAUUCACGGUAAUGUUGCAUAUGUAAGUCAAUUACCUUGGAUUAUGAAUGGUACCGUUAAAGAUAAUAUUUUAUUCGGUCAUAAAUAUAACCAGGAGUUUUAUGAAAAAACAUUAAGGGCAUGUGCAUUAACUAUAGAUUUAUCCAUUUUACCUGAUGGUGAUCAAACUUUAGUUGGUGAAAAGGGUAUUUCUUUAUCUGGUGGCCAAAAAGCAAGGUUAUCUUUAGCAAGAGCUGUCUAUGCAAGGGCAGAUGUUUACUUAUUAGAUGAUCCAUUAGCUGCUGUCGAUGAACAUGUUUCAAAGCAUUUAAUCCAACAUGUUAUCGGACCAAACGGUUUGUUACACACCAAAACUAGGGUUUUAGCUACCAAUAAGAUUUCUGUCUUGUCAAUUGCUGAUAAUAUAACAUUGUUAGAUGAUGGUGAGAUUGUUCAACAGGGUACUUAUAACGAAGUGACAGAUAAUAUCAAUUCACCUCUGUGUAAAUUAAUUAGUGAAUACGGUAAUAAGAAUAAUGUGAACAGUAGCACCGACACGGAAUCAACUAUGACACCUAAAGAGAGCUCCACAAGUUUAAACCGUGAGAAUACCGUGCCUGUUGAAACUGAGUUAAAGGAAUUGGAUAAAUUGAACGACUUGAAGUUUCUGGAUGAUGAAACGGGAAGUUUAAGAAGGGGAAGUAUGUCUACUUUAGGAUCAAUUGAUUUCAAUGAUGAUCAAGAUAACGAUAGGCGUGAACAUAGAGAACAAGGUAAAGUGAAAUGGUCCAUUUACAAAGAAUAUGCAAAAGCCUGUAAUCCAAGAAGUGUUGUUAUGUUUCUGUCUUUUAUUGUUUUAUCCAUGUUUUUAUCUGUGAUGGGUAAUUUUUGGCUAAAACAUUGGUCUGAAGUCAAUACUAAAUAUGGUAAAAAUCCAAAUUCUACUCAUUAUUUGUUAAUCUAUUUCGGUUUUGGUGUAACUUCAGCAUUCGCCACCUUAUGUCAAACAGUUGUUUUGUGGGUUUUCUGUACCAUUCACGGUUCUAAAUAUCUACAUUCCUCCAUGGUGUCGUCAAUUCUGAGAGCUCCAAUGACAUUUUUUGAAACUACGCCAAUCGGCAGAAUUUUGAAUAGGUUUUCUAAUGAUGUCUACAAGAUUGAUGAAGUUCUAGGUAGAUCAUUCUCACAAUUUUUUGUUAAUGCAGUCAAAGUUUCGUUUACCAUUCUUGUUAUCUGUUGGAAUACUUGGCAAUUUAUCCUAUUGGUUAUCCCUAUGGGUGUUUUAUAUUUAUACUACCAACAAUAUUACUUAAGAACUUCUAGAGAACUUCGUCGUUUGGAUUCUAUUACAAAAUCUCCAAUCUAUGCCCAUUUCCAAGAAUCUUUAGGCGGUUUAGCAACAAUUAGAGGUUAUGAACAACAGAAGAGAUUUAUUCAUAUUAACCAGGCUAGAGUAGACAAUAACAUGAGCGCAUAUUAUCCAUCCAUCAAUUCCAAUCGUUGGUUAGCCUAUAGAUUAGAAUUUUUGGGUUCUUUAAUUAUUUUUGGUGCUGCUUCCUUAUCAAUCUUGAAAUUGAGGGACGGUACAUUGACUGCUGGUAUGAUUGGUUUAUCUUUAAGUUAUGCUCUACAAGUAACUCAAUCCUUGAAUUGGAUUGUUAGAAUGACAGUUGAAGUUGAAACAAACAUUGUUUCAGUUGAGAGAAUUAAGGAAUACGCCGAAUUGAAGAGCGAAGCUCCAUUAAUAAUUGAAGAGAAGAGGCCAUCUGAAAAUUGGCCUGAGCGUGGUGCCAUCAAGUUUGAAAAUUAUUCAACACGUUAUAGACCUGACUUAGAUUUAGUCUUAAAGAAUAUUAGCCUUGACAUCAAACCUCAAGAAAAGGUCGGGAUUGUCGGUAGAACUGGUGCUGGUAAAUCGUCAUUGACAUUAGCGCUAUUUAGAAUAAUCGAGGCUGCCGAAGGCUCCAUUAUUGUUGAUGGUCUAAACAUCAGUGAAAUUGGUUUAUACGAUCUGAGACAUAAAUUGUCAAUCAUUCCACAAGAUUCUCAAGUAUUUGAAGGUACCAUUAGAGAAAACAUAGAUCCUACAAACAUCUAUACUGAUGAACAGAUUUGGAACGCAUUGGAAUUAUCUCAUUUGAAACAACAUAUUUUACGUAUGAAUGAAGAAAGUGUCAAUGGAAGUGAAAAUAACGCACUAUAUACAAGAGUUACCGAAGGUGGUAAUAAUUUAAGUGUAGGUCAGAGACAAUUAAUGUGUCUUGCAAGAGCAUUGUUGGUACCGUCCAAGAUAUUAAUUUUAGAUGAAGCCACAGCGGCUGUCGAUGUUGAAACUGACAGUCUGAUCCAAGAAACUAUUCGUACAGCCUUUAAAGACAGAACAAUCUUAACUAUUGCACAUAGACUAAAUACUAUCAUGGAUAGCGACAAAAUUGUUGUACUUGAUAAAGGUGAAGUAGCUGAAUUUGAUACCCCUCAAAAUCUUCUAAAAAAUACAGAAUCUUUGUUCUAUUCAUUGUGCGAACAAUCUGGCUUAAACGGUGCCAAGUGA